AUGGCGCUUGACUUUGCAUCAGACUCUUUGCCAGAGGACUACUUGCAGCUCCACAUCCAGAUGCUCAGGGGGAUGGACACCUUUGAGUGGGAACCCUUACCCACCUUGAGCGACGAUGAGAACAGCCUGGACCUUGCCUUGCUGUUAGCACGCAACUCGCAGUGCAAGGCUGGCAGCAUGGGUUGUUUGGUGGUGCAGAAAGGCCAAGUCAUCGCAUGUCAUGUAAACGGCCCCAUGUGGGAGAUGAAUUCAAGGCGUCCAGCCUCAGAUUUGCAUGCGGAGGUGCAGGCCAUCGGCCGCUGUGCCCAGCUGGGGCGCUCUACAGCAGGCGCCACAGUCUACGUGACCAUGCCGCCCUGCCGGCGCUGCUUCAUGCUCCUUGCAGCCUCAGGGGUGAAGCGCAUCGUCACACGGAAGGCCAUGCUCGGACAAGAUGCCAAGGACAUUGAGCCCGCAGCAAGACGUUUGGAGAUCGCUUUUGAAGUGAUCGAGGAUACGAAUGAGCGCAGGCAGCGUUUGGAUGAGCUGGGCAGGAAGCGUAGAAAGAUUGAUCCUGCACCAGCAGAAACGACACUCGCACCAGAAGCGGAGCUGGGCUUCAAUGUUGGCUCCGGUGUGCGCAAGAAGGCGAACCGGGAGCUUGCUGCAGAGCACCUCGGUGAAUCUGUGAGGGUGGGAGGUGGCACUUCACAGACAGAUGGGUCGGACGACGAUGAAGCGGAGCAGGAGAGUCCACUCGUUCCAUUGAUGCAAUCAUCUCCAUUUUCUUCGGAGAUAGAUGUGUCGGAGGAGAUUCAGCAGAUGCAAUCGUCUCCUGUUUAUUCGGAGACGGAUGUGUCGGAGGAUGAAGUACAACAGGAGUGUCUCCAUGAUGCAAUUGUCUCCUGUUUAUUCGGAGACGGAUGUGUCGGAGGAUGA